CGGCCUAUAUAAAGCCAUGCUGCGGCGGCGCUGCCUCUGAAAUCCCGUAGACCUUGGCUGUGUUUUGUGGACGUGGAGUGCACUCCCAGUAUCUCCUUUGCAAAUGGGCUCUGUGGCCUAGCGUUUACUCCCCUGAGCCUCGCCACCUGUGAUCUCAAGCCGUGAGGGUGCUGCUGGCAGCAGCGCUGAAAAGAAACAAGGGUUGAUAUCUGUACAAGAACUAAGAUCAAGUAACAUGGCAGCAAUCCCAUCAAGCGGCUCACUUGUGGCAACCCAUGACUACUACAGAAGGCGUCUGGGUUCCACUUCCAGCAACAGCUCCUGUGGAAGUGCUGAAUACUCUGGGGAGGUUAUUCCUCACCAUCCGGGUCUUCCCAAGUCUGACCCCGGUCACUGGUGGGCUAGCUUCUUUUUUGGAAAGCCAACCCAUCCCAUCAUGACAACUGUGUCAGAAUCCCCAGAGAAUUCAGGAACUUUCCAGGUGGCCAACGGCAUGAUCACUUGUGGCCUGGCUCAGGAAGUAAUGAGGAAGCGCCACGCCAGUGAGCCUAGCAAACCGAGCGCUGGGCCGUCUGCGUGAACAGGCUGGCACAUCUUCCUGCUGCCCGCCUGGUUGCUGCUUCUGAUCCAAACGCUAGGAGUCAGAGCCCAUUUUCCACUCCCCUUCCCCGUAGAGUAGACAGGCUGCGUUAAGUAUUUAGAUGUAGGGUUUUUUAAAAAAAUAAAUAAAUAAAAAACCAAAAAAUAUUUUACACCAUCUUUGUACCGUUUCAUUAAUUUGACUGUAUUCUUUCCAUACAGCCUUGGUAACGCUUUUUGUUUACUUGUUCAAUGGAAACUAAUAAACUUAAGCAGCCUUUAAAA